AUGUCUGAAAAAGCAGCCUUGGAAAUCUUCGUCACUUCCCCAAUCUCAAAUGCCAUGGUUUCAUACCUGGCUUCUACAACCUCUUCUGUCAUUCGCUGUGACGGCCCGGCGCCUUCUGCAGCUUCUGCUGAAGCUACUACUUCUACUUCUACUUCUACUUCUACUUCUACUUCUACUUCUACUUCUACUUCUACUUCUACUUCUACUUCUACUUCUACUUCUACCUCAUCAUCAACAACAACAACAUACACUCCCAGGCCACCUCUCUCAGCCGCUCAGAUUAAUGCUGCAAACCAAAUCAUGUAUCCUUCUCCACCAGCAUCUCCUUCAAAGGUUACUAACAAUGCACCACCAUCGUCAUCGUCAUCGUCAUCGUCAUCGUCAUCGUCAUCAUCAUCUUCUUCAUCAUCAUCUUCACAGCGACGGCAGCAGUCACAUUCGCAAUCUCAGUCACAUUCACAUUCACAUUCACAUUCACAGCCACAACCCCAAUCACAGCCACAAUCACAACCUACUCAAGACCCACAACAAAUUUCAGGGCCUUUAACUGUCCUACCUCCUUUGACAGAAUUUAUCCACCACCUGGUGCGCAAAUCUAACGUUCAAACAGCCACCUUGAUGACCACCCUGGUUUACCUGUCGCGGUUGCGCAGCCGGCUGCCACCGCUGGCCCGUGGUAUGCAAUGCACACGGCAUCGUAUCUUCCUCGCAUGUCUCAUCAUGUCAGCCAAAAACCUUAACGACUCAUCUCCUAAGAACAAGCACUGGGCCCGCUUCUCAAUGGGUCUUUUCUCAGUCGCAGAGGUCAAUCUCAUGGAAAAGCAAUUAUUGUACCUUCUCAAUUGGGACUUGAGGGUUAAGGAGAGUGAUUUGAUGACCAACUUUGCACCUUUCCUUAAGCCUAUUCGAGACCAACUGCGAGCAGAGGCUCAAGAAGCAUACUUUGCCAAGGUCCAGCAACAACGUGAGGAGCAACAACGUCAGCAGAUGCUUUUGCAACAACAACAAACUCUACAGCAACAACAACAUUUGCAACAGCAACAACAGUUACAACAGCAACAGCAGCAAUAUUAUCAGAGCCAACAAAAACAUAAGAGGGUCCGUAACACGCCAUCAUUUGCAUCUAUACCGUCCACAGUAGCAACAACAACCACAACAACUACCCACUUUGAAGAGCUUUCUCCUGCCCCUCCCAUGUACAAGGCUUCCAAGUACCGCCCGGCGCAGUAUCUUGUUACAUCCAACUAUGGGAACGGGUACCACUUAGAGCACCACUCUUCGGGAUUACCGAAAAUGACACCCACCAGCAUGCUUUUAAAUUCCGCCUCCCUUACCUCGUCAGAAGCUAAACCGUCGUCGCCAAUGCUUGAUCCUGCGAUUGACUAUUACUAUACUCAAGCACGAAUGGCUCAGGUGACACGCGCGUCUGCUGCGCAGGCCAAACACAGUUCAAGCAUGGGAAACAUUAAUGAACGCCAGUCACUGGAAGCGAAUGUGGGAUCUAAGAAGCAUGGAGAAAGUGGGUCGCGAAGCUUAAGAUCGCGAUCUGGACAAAGUUCUAGCACUGGAUCUAGCAGUCGAAGCAGUAAGAGUGGAAGCAGCAGUACUAGCAGCAGCAGCAGUGGUAGCAAGAGUUCUAAUAGCAAAAGCUCUAGCAGUGGAUCAAGCAGCAGCAAGAGCUCUAGCAACAGCAACAGCAGCAGCAGCAGCAGCAGCAGCAGCAGCAGCAGCAGUAGCAGCAACAGCAGUGGCAACAGCAGUAGCAGUAGCCGAAGCAGUCGAAGCAGUCGGAGUAGCAGAGGAAGCGGUAGUAGUAGCAGCAGCAAUCACCAUCGCCACCACUCCGUUGCUGUUUAA